AUGGACAGGCAUAUUGAGACGUUGAUGAAGUGUGAGCUGAUCUCCGAGCAAGAUGUGAAGUCUUUGUGCGCAAAAGCUCGAGAAAUUCUAGUUCAAGAAGGAAACGUACAAGUCAUAGAUUCUCCAGUUACGAUAUGUGGCGAUAUCCACGGACAAUUUUAUGACCUAAUGGAGUUGUUUAAGGUUGGUGGGCAGAUACCGGAUACGAAUUAUCUUUUCCUUGGAGAUUUCGUCGAUCGCGGUUUCUACUCAGUCGAGACGUUUCUUUUACUUCUCGCACUAAAAGUUCGAUAUCCAGAUCGAAUGAUGCUCAUUAGAGGGAACCACGAAAGUCGUCAAAUCACACAGGUGUACGGAUUUUAUGAUGAAUGUUUACGAAAGUAUGGUAGUGUGGCGGUGUGGAAGGCCUGCACCGAAGUGUUUGACUACCUUUCCCUGUCUGCUGUUAUAGAUGGCAAGGCGUUUUGUGUUCAUGGUGGUUUAUCUCCUUCUAUUCAAACUUUGGAUCAAAUACGAGUGAUUGAUAGGAAACAAGAGGUUCCGCAUGAUGGUCCAAUGUGUGACUUGUUGUGGUCGGAUCCAGAAGAUUCGUCGGUUGGAUGGGGAAUGAGCCCACGAGGGGCAGGCUACCUGUUCGGCGCAGAUGUUGUCAAAACAUUCUGUGAUACGAAUGGCGUUGACCUUAUAUGUAGAGCUCAUCAAUUAGUCAUGGAAGGUUAUAAAUGGCAUUUUAACGACAGUGUAUUAACAGUAUGGUCUGCUCCCAAUUAUUGUUAUAGGUGUGGAAAUGUAGCUGCAAUAUUGGAAUUGGAUGAACAGUUGAAUAAGGAGUUCACCAUAUUUGAAGCAGCUCCACAAGAGAAUCGUGGUGCACCAGCAAAAAAGCCCCAACCGGAUUACUUCCUGUAA